AUGACGAAGCCGUGGGAUGUAUAUGAAGCUACGAUUAAGGAUCUCUACGCCGACAACACGCUUUCCGUCGUGCGGCAGAUCAUGAUCGACCAGUACGGGUUCAGAGCCUCAGCGUAUAGGGGCCGUCUGAUCCGCUGGGGCGUCCGCAAGUACAAUUGCCGGAAGCGCGUCUCGCCGAGCGUGAGCAACAGCAGCGCCGAUGAGGGGAGUAGUUUCACGAGUGGCUCGGACACGGCCUCUCCGAUUAUGGCUGCUGCUACUACUACCAUCGGUGAUACGAGGGCGAUACUCCCUCGCGUUAUGAUGAAACAAGGAGACGCCGACGGCCACCUCGCCAUGCCGGUGCGGAUGAACCAGCAGUACGACCAGAGCCACCAACACCAAGUUUUCAGUACCGACAAUUCCUUCGACUCCAAGCCUAGAGCCUUCCAUCCAGCACCGCAACAUAACAACAACGGCAACAGUAACGGCAGCAUGCAGUACGGAUGGGACACAACCCUCCUCAAGAAAGACCCCGACGCCACAGACCUCGACGACUUCGCCAACAGCCAGCAAAGCGAGGCCCUCGCACCGCCAUCAUCGUACUUCGGCGGCCUAACCGCAUCGAUGAUGCAGUCCGGAAACGGAAAUAACAAACCCCCCUACGGCGCCGGAUACGGAGCAUCGACACCCGCCCAACACCACCAGCAUCACCGGAACACGGGCAGUGGUAGCUUGAAUUACUACAACUCGUUACCAUCACAGCAGCAGCAAGUCCGUAAUGGCGUCGUUACCGCGAACCAGGUCCCGCCGGAUAUGUCGUUUGCAGCGCAGACGAGAGGGUACGGCCAUGGCCCGUGA